AAUUGAUAGUAAAGCGAUCCCUCCUACAUUGAUACAGUAGUUGUUAGCUUACAUAGAAGUUUUCAUAAACACAAGCCCCUGUAGUUCUCAUAAUAAUAAGAGGCAGAAAUAACUUUCAGUGACAUUACAGGUAGGAAGCCUAAGGUGAAUUGAGCAAGUUCUCACAGGUCAUGUUUGUCAGGUCUAAGAUGAGAACUGUGAACAAUUUUCCUAAAUGAGGCUCUUCCCACCUGCCCUCCAUCCUCAGCACGGCCACCUACACCCCUUCACGGGGAUCUCACCAAACCAAAUUAGCUUCAAAACAUUAAUUCAUACCCUACCUGUUUGAGUGACAGCCAGGAUAAUCCUACCUUCCCCCUGAAUAACACGUUCACAUCAACGAUCCCAGGUGACCUUUGCCUCAUGACUAUGUAGAACAGCCUCUGGUUAGAGAUAAGGUUUUGGAAAAUGCAUGCCCAGGACUAAGAUAGGUGCAGAACCCACAGCCACUCCACAGUUCUUAUUCCUGGCAUGAGUUUUAUUGGGGGGAGGGAAUGAGGGGGGCGGGUAGGUGAGGGAAAGGGUGAUCCUCCAACUAAAAUGUGAUGAGGCUCAGAUUGGAGUUAUACCUCCAGCCACUGUGUUGAAUUAUGUCUGAUACAGAUACACUUACUUUUAGUUAAUUCAGGUCAAGUGUAAUCGGUGGUCUUUGCACACAAAGGGUUCAGAUUGGGUCUACAUUUUCUAAUCUGACCCACGCACUAAUACUUGGCCUGGAAUUGGACCUUUUCCUACACCCCAAGUUGUCAGAGGCCCACCGAGAGCUGCGGCACGAUUUCUGUGGGCCCACAUGGAGACCCGGCCUGUCCGGUGCUUCCACACCGGAUCAGCUGCCCUUGGUAGCUGCCAACCUCGGCACGGAGCAGGGAACCUCGAUAACCAACUGACUUGUCACACGGUUGCUCUGUCUCUCUUUGGAACAGCCCCUCCAGAAUGGGAACAAAAAAUCCAGGACACAUACCUGUCCAUUUACGACAGCUUGUUUUGGGAAUGCAAAGCCCAAGGAAAGCCCCGGCCUUGGUACACCUGGUUGAAGAAUGGUGAGCGCCUCGGUGCAGAGGAAAGAAUUCAAGUAGAAAAUGGAACACUCACCAUAACUAUGCUGAAUGUGUCUGACUCCGGUGUCUACCAGUGCGCUGCCGAAAACAAACACCACACAAUCUAUGCAAACGCGGAGCUGAGAGUAUUAGCUUCAGCUCCUGAUUUCUCCAAAAAUCCCAUUAAAAAAACUUCAGUGGUUCAAGUUGGCGGGGAUGUUGCCAUUGAGUGCAGACCGCGGGCCUUCCCCAGGGCCACCGUCUCCUGGAGCCGAGGCGCGCGGGGCCUGGGGCGCAGCCAAAGAGUGUUUGUCUUGGAGGACGGCAGCCUGAAGAUCCAGAAUGCCAGCAGGUCGGACGCCGGGCCCUACACCUGCGUGGCCACCAACCCCUUCGGGGUGGCAAGGAGUACGGGCGGCCUCGUGGUGAAAGAACGGACCAUUAUCACGGAGCCACCUUCCCCAAUGGACGUCACCGUGGGCGAGAGCAUCGUCCUGACCUGCCAGGUGUCCCAUGACCCCUCCAUGGAGGUCGCAUUUGUUUGGUCUUUCAAUGGACACAUCAUAGACUUAAAAAAGGAUGCGGCUCAUUUUGAAAGGAUUGGAGGAGGAUCUGUGGGAGACUUGAUGAUAAGGAAUAUCCAGUUAAGUCACUCAGGGAGAUAUCUCUGUGCAGUGACAACAGCCCUAGAGAACUUGUCGGCUGUGGCUGAAAUCAUUGUCAGAGGCCCCCCAGGUCCCCCCGAGGAGGUGAGGGUGGAACACAUUUCCAGCACCACGUCCCAGCUCAGCUGGCGGCCUGGCUCGGACAAUAACAGCCCCAUCCAGAUAUUCACCAUCCAGGCACGGACGCCGUUUUCUGUGGGGUGGCAGGCUGUCUCCACAGUUCCAGAGAUUCUCAACGGUCAGACAUACAAUGCGACCGUGGUGGGCCUGAUUCCCUGGGUGGAGUACGAGUUUCGUGUCCUUGCUGGGAACAGCAUAGGGAUUGGAGAGCCAAGCAAAGCAUCCGAAUUGCUGAGAACUAAAGCGUCCGUCCCCAUUGUGGCUCCAACCAACAUCCAGGGAGGAGGAGGAAGCCGGUCUGAACUGGUCGUUACCUGGGAGCCCAUCCCGGAGGAACUGCAGAGUGGCGGGGAGUUUGGCUACCUGGUCAUGCUGCGGCCCGUGGGCUCGGCCAUCUGGACCAAGGAGAGAGUCCCGUCCGUGGAGGCAUCCAGAUUCGUGUACAGAAACGAAAGCAUCACCCCGCUGUCUCCCUUCGAGGUCAAAGUGGGUGUGUACAACAGCGAGGGGGAAGGGGCCGCGCUGAGCACCGUGUCCAUCGUCUACUCCGGGGAGGACGAGCCUCAGCUGGCCCCUCGGGGAACCUCUGCCCAGAGUUUCUCUGCUUCUGAGAUGGAGGUUUCAUGGACGGCCAUCGCCUGGAACAGAAUCACAGGCCGCGUGCUGGGCUACGAGGUCUUAUACUGGACAGAUGACUCCAGGGAACCCAUGAUUGGUAAGGUCAGAGUCCAUGGAAACAUCACAACCAAGACCAUCAUGGGGCUGAAGGCCAACACCAUCUACUUUGCCUCCGUCAGAGCUUACAACACGGGUGGGACAGGGCCCUCAAGCCCCCCAGUCAAUGUCACGACCAAGAAGUCCCCUCCUAGCCAACCCCCAGCUAACAUUGCGUGGAAGCUGACUAACUCCAAAUUAUGCCUGAACUGGGAGCACGUGAAAACCAUGGAAAAUGAGUCUGAAGUCCUGGGCUACAAGAUUCUGUACCGACAAAACCGACAGAGUAAAACCCACAUUUUGGAGACAAACAACACAUCAGCUGAGCUGCUGGUCCCAUUCGAAGAGGACUACCUGAUUGAGAUAAGGACAGUUAGCGACGGUGGGGAUGGAAGCAGCAGCGAGGAGAUCAGGAUUCCAAAAAUGUCCAGUUUGAGUUCCAGAGGAGUCCCAGUUUGGGAACCCAGCAUCCACUUCCUGUCUGUUGUCAUGAUUUUUUACUGUUUUACUAUUCAGCCACUUGAACGAUGAAUGAAUCCAUAAAUCUUGUGAGGCUUCUGAAGGCAAAUCAUUCUGUAAAUACCCUCUCCAGCCCCAGCCCCAGAUGCAUUCUUAAUACAGACUUGUUUGGAAAGGAAAAAAAAAGUAUAUUAUUAAGAGCUUGUAAAUAUCUAUGGUACAGUAAUAAAGCAAUUUAAACCCUUUUGAAUUUUAAA